UUCUGUGCUUUCUUCUAAUGGGAUUUUCUUCUUUUUCCUCAAAAAAGAAAUCAGUUGGAGAAUGAGAACCUCAGGGAGCCAGCUGCAACAAAGCAAAAGAGGAUGAAAACAAAAAACGGGAUCCAAGUGAAAAAUAUAAAGAGCUCGUCUACAUGUGAGCGGACUGAUCAGUCAGAACCUCUAACCUCAGAAUCAAGUAAAAUGGAGUGUCCUGGCUGUGGGAGAGUUUGCAAAUGCCAUGCACAGUUAAACAUAGAUGCCAGGCUCUCCAAAGGAGAUAAAUCGGGGAAAUCCAUGGAUUGUGGGAAGAGCUUCAGGGGGAGUACACAUCUGUGUUGCCAUCAAAGAGCCCACACAGGGAAGAAGCCAUAUAAGUGCAUGGAAUGUGGGAAAAGCUUCAGUCAGAAUGGACAUCUGCGUUCCCAUCAAAAGACCCACACAGGGGAGAAGCCAUACAAAUGCAUUGAAUGUGGAAAGAGCUUCUGUGACAGUGGAAUUUUGCGUAUACAUCAAAGAAUACACACUGGCGAGAAGCCAUACAAAUGUAUGGAAUGUGGGAAGAGCUUCAGUGACAGUAGGAAUUGUAGAAGGCACGUAAGGACCCACACAGGACAGAAACUCUAUAAAUGCAUGGAAUGUGGAAAGAGCUUCAGCAGGAGUGACCAUUUGAAUUCCCAUCAAAGAUUGCACACAGAGGAGAAGCCAUAUAAGUGCAAGGAAUGUGGAAUGGGCUUCAGUCAAAGUGUAAAGCUUCUUUACCAUCAAAGGAUCCACAUGGGAAACAAACCUUUUCAAUGCAGGGAAUGUGGAAAGAGCUUCACUGAUAGUCGAACAUGUGAUGAACAUCUAAAGAUACACUCAGGAGAGAGACCAUACAAAUGCAUGGAAUGUGGGAGGAACUUCAUUCAGAGGGCACAUCUGCGUUGCCAUCAAAGGACCCAUACAGGGGAGAAGCCAUAUAAGUGCAUGGAAUGUGGGAAAAGUUUCAGUCGGGGUACACAUCUGCGUUCCCAUCAAAGGACCCACACAGGGGAGAAGCCGUACAAAUGCAUGGAAUGUGGAAAGAGCUUCUCAGAAAGUUGCAGCUUGCAAGUACAUCAAAGAUUCCACACAGGAGAGAAGCCAUAUAAAUGCAUUGAAUGUGGAAAGAGCUUUCGUGAGAGUGGGAGUUAUAGAACUCAUGUAAGGACUCACACAGGGGAGAAGCCAUACAAAUGCUUGGAAUGUGGGGAAAGCUUCAGUCAUAAUGCAUCAUAUAAGAGACAUCUAAGGACCCACACAGAAGAAACCACAUAAGUGCAUGGAAUGUGGAAAGGCCUUCAGCAAUAGUAGCUCAUGUAGGAAGCAUUGAACAACUCACAUGGGUGAAACCAUGGUAAUGCAUGAAAUGUGGGACGAAAUUCAGUGGACAUACUUAUUCUGUUGGGAAUAGCAACCUUCUCAAGCCUCUGCUAGCUAUUUGUUAUGUACAUAAUUGCUUACUGUAUUAUAUGUGCAUUGGUUUGCAAUUUUACCUAAUCUCUUUGUUGUGGGAGGGUCUGCAGACCAUGAGACCAGGACUCAGACUCCAUUUUAGUUAGUAGAAGCCAGUAGACCAGUGGUUCUCGACCUUCCAAAUGGUGCAAUCCCUUACUACAGUUCCUCAUGUUGUGGUGACCCCCAACGAUAACAUUAUCUUCAUUGCUACUUCAUAAAUGUAAUUUUGCUUCUGUU